AGUCAAGUCUCAGGUGGGCGGGGUUUGUUUCCAGGAAGUGAAUAACGUGACUACGGGCCUCACGUUGUCAUUAAAAUCUACUUUUUGCUUGUCAUUCUCGCAACUAACGUUUAAUUUAACCGGUGUUAAAGCCACCAACAUGGGGGACGAGGAGGAAAAGUAUGACGGCAUGUUGCUCACUCUGGCACAACAACAAGAAGGAGGAAUACAGGAGCUAGUAAACACAUUUUUCAGUUUCCUGCGCCGCAAAACAGAUUUCUUCACCGGUGCCGAACCAGGUGCUGCAGAGAAGCUAGUCAAGGAUGUGGUCAUCAAACACAAUAAGCUAGCGAUGAAGUCCCAAAAGGAGAAGCAGGUGAAACUGGAGAAGGAAAAGAAAGCGAAAGCUGAAAAAGCAGAAAAGUUAGCGGAGGAGAAGAAAACGAAAGAAGACGGUCCAAGGAUUCAGGAACUGACCGAUGAAGAAGCAGAGAAACUUCAGUCUGAACUCGACAAGAAAAAGAACGAAGAGGAGAAAAAGAAGGAUGAAACACCAAAGCCUGAACCAGAAAAGACGGACAAAGUAGACAAAGAGAAGGGGUCUGAGUCUGAUGGAGAGGAGGACGAGAAGGACAAAGAUAAAAUGAAGCCCAACGCAGGAAACGGAGCCGACCUGCCGAACUACAAGUGGACGCAAUCCCUGUCUGAAGUAGACGUGAGUGUCACACUGUUUUUAUUUAACCAGAUACUCGUUUUCAAGGGAGGCCUGGCUUAG